CAACCAGUCUAAACAAACGCCACAACAACGUAAAGUCUCCUACUGACUGAUCCUGUCAUCGCUCUGCACCAAGGACUUUCCUCACAUCAUGCCACCUACAAGAGACCCAUUUCCAUAUCCCAGAUAUGAAAAUGAUAAUUCCUUCCAUGGAAAGGAAACACAGCGUUACCAAAAAACAUUCAAUUUAACAAGUCGUGAAGAUUCCUGGAACCGUCUUAAUGCAACUCCGACCCUAUCAAGUGCAAGGCGGUCUGCUUAUUACAAUGAUCCUGAGUCUCCAGCUGAUAGUUUAGACUUCAAUUUAAAGUCCAUGUACAACCAUGAUGAAGGCCUCUUUAAGAACCGCAAUGAAACACUAUUCCAGGUGGAGACAUUCACAGACGACCACGGAAGGAUAUUGAAGAACAGGGUCAAAGAAUUAUCUACUUCUCAGGUGGAAAAAACAGGGUUUAGACAUUCAGUGAGUCCACAGAAGAUAAGUGUGCACAGCAUUGAUGGAGCCAUCACAAGUCAUCACGCAGCUGCAACUAAUCAAGGCUACUCUCGGAAACAAGAUGGUGGAUACUACAGUAUCUGACUUGAACACUCUCCUGUUCAGUGAAAUAUUGGUGUUAUGGUUCAGAAAUAAACCCUAAUAAGCAAGUG